AUGUUCAAACAUUCUCCACCUUAUCCAACGUCACAAGAGCAUAUGCUCUUUCAUGGAUCCGUUGUGAUUUCUCCUCCACUCAGAGCCAAAGCCAGAACCAGAGCCACAGCACCAAAACCUUUUCUGGUACCAAUUACAAACUUCGGAAAGACAGACUCUGCACAAACACAAGAGAAAACCGAAUUGAUGGCUUCAGCAAUAAGAAGACCCACGUUUACAUUCAACCUCUCAACCUCUCUUACCCAACCAUGCCCUCGAAAACCUCGCCUCACAUUCUUAUCUCUCCUCCCCAGACCCUUCCCAAUUUCAGCCCUUCGCAAACACCCAAAACUCCAAUUCACAUUAAAGUCCAUUGAUGUCUCCAAAGAAGACAUACCUAUCUCAGAACAACCCAUUACAGAGACACCCAUUUCAGAACAGCCGAAUUUAACACCGACCACCUCUGAAUCUCCACUCGAAGAAUCCAAAGAGGUCGAUAAACGAAGGCUUGAAGAGAAAUUUGCGGUGUUGAAUACCGGAAUUUAUGAGUGCAGGUCUUGUGGGUACAAGUAUGAUGAGGCCAUUGGCGACCCUUCUUAUCCUAUUCCACCCGGAUUUCCAUUUGAUAGGAUGCCGGAAGAUUGGCUGUGUCCGACUUGCGGGGCUGCCAAGAGUUUCUUUGAGAGCAAGAGUGUGGAGAUUGCUGGGUUUGCUGAGAAUCAGCAGUUUGGUUUCUUUGAGAGCAAGAGUGUGGAGAUUGCUGGGUUUGCUGAGAAUCAGCAGUUUGGGUUAGGUGGUAAUUCACUUACAUCUGGGCAAAAGGCAGUGCUCAUAUAUGGUAGUUUGCUCUUAGCCUUUGUCUUGUUUUUAUCUGGGUACUUUCUCCAAUAA